AUUCAACCGACCAUGAAUUUUUCUCCCGGGUCGACGCGCUCCAAGCUUCGGGCGCAUUGAUUCGGAGAUGCUAAUCAAACACUUCGCUUCCCUCCUCGACGAGUACUCCACGAAGAACUUGAAGAACCUCCAAAAGCUCCACGCGUGCGUGAUCAGGCACGGCGUCGCCGACAACGACUUCAUCAGGUCGAAGCUCGUUUCCUCGUACGCUUCCUGUUCCCAGAUUGUCCAAGCGACACUCCUCUUCUCAUUGACCAUUCGUCGACCCACUUUCCUCUACAACUCCCUUAUCAGAGCCUACGCUUCGCAGAGUAGAUUCUGGGAGUCCCUCUUCGUUUUCCGGUGCUUGAUCCUCGCCGGAAAAGCCGUUGACAAGCACACGCUGCCGGUAGUAUUGAAAUCAUGCAGCGGGUUGUCGAACUUGCGGGUGGGUAGGCAGGUUCAUGGAGCUGUUUUGGUGAAUGGGUUCGGUUCAGAAGUCGGAAACUGUAACGGAUUGAUCACUAUGUACGCGAAAUGCGGAGACUUGCCUUGCGCGGUGAAGGUAUUCGACGAAAUGCCGGAGAGGAACGAGGUCUCGUGGACCGCGAUGAUGUCUGGGUUCGGAUUUCACGGGAAGCACGCAGAGGUUCUUAUGUUGUUCGAUAAGAUGGUGGAAGUGGGAAUGAAGGUGGACGGACUGACGUUCACGUCGUUGUUAAUGGCGUGUGGUCACGUGGGAGAAGUGGAGAGGGCGAGAGAGUAUUUUCAGAUGAUGCAGGACCGGUUCGGGGUAAGGCAAACCGUUGAGCAUUAUACAUGUAUGGUGGAUAUGCUUGGAAAGGCGGGUUUGAUCGAUGAGGCGAAAGAUUUGGUAAUGGAUAUGAAGGCCGAGCCUGAUGGCGCAUUGUGGAGAGCACUCUUGACGGCUUGUAGAAUCCAUAAGCGAGUUGAUGUGGCUGAAUGGGCAAACCUAAAGAUGCUCGGUGAUGCGUGGUAAAAUCGAUUCUUGCGAGUUAGGGAGAGGUUUCUUCCUCAAAGUCGACUUUUAAUCGACGCAGUUAAGAGUUAGAUAUGAAUUGGUAACCGAGGCAUAAGAGGCGCUAUAAUUCAAUUUUGUCAUUCGCACCAUGUUAUUCGAGUAUGCGGAAUAAAUUUGUGGAUGCGUGUACUCUAUUUCAUCUAUUUUUGUACAUUUAUUGCUGUAAUAGAAUCAAGUGAACAUGAGUUGUAGAGGCAUGUUUUGUCAUUUCCUCGCAAAGGAGAUGAGCUUAGUGAACAAUGGCUAUAGACUUGGAAGUA